GGCCGGAUCUCUGCCCCCUUCGCCCGCCCCACGAGCCAGAGCGGCCCCUGGCCCUGCCCCACUGCCCCCUUGGGUUUGGGGAAGGGUCGCUCUCUGCUUCUUCCGUGGGCACUGGGGCGUCGUGGACGCGCAAGGAAGGACUUGAGGCCGGGAGCGAGGCGACAUGCCUUUCUGAUUGCUGCGGGGCCGGGGGAGGGCGCUCCUCCUGGCCGGGGUCCCCGGUCUCUCGGGCACCUCCCCCCAGCGGGUCCCUUUCCCCCCCGGCCCAGGACCGGGCGCCCCGCCCCCUCCCCGAACCACCUCGGCAGAGUCUCUUUCUCUGGAACACCCCCCUCCUUGGGCCCCGCCGAAAGUUUGACUCUAGGGAAGGGUGACGCUCCGCAGGCCCCCUGCCCCCGCCCCGGCACCAUGCAUCGGACCACACGGAUCAAGAUCGCGGAGCUGAACCCCCACCUCAUGUGCGCCCUCUGCGGGGGUUACUUCAUUGAUGCCGCCACCAUCGUGGAGUGUCUGCAUUCCUUCUGCAAAACCUGCAUCGUGCGCUACCUGGAGACCAACAAGUACUGUCCCAUGUGCGACGUGCAGGUCCAUAAAACCAGGCCGCUGCUGAGCAUCAGAUCUGACAAAACCCUUCAAGACAUCGUCUAUAAACUGGUCCCUGGGCUUUUUAAAGAUGAGAUGAAACGGCGGCGGGAUUUCUAUGCAGCAUACCCCCUGACCGAAGUCCCCAACGGCUCCAAUGAGGACCGCGGCGAGGUCCUGGAGCAGGAGAAGGGGGCUCUGAGCGACAACGAGAUUGUCAGCCUCUCCAUCGAGUUCUAUGAAGGUGUCAGGGACCGGGAGGAAAAGAAGGGUCCUCUGGAGAAUGGGGAUGGAGACAAGGAGAAGACAGGGGUGCGAUUCCUGCAAUGCCCAGCGGCCAUGACUGUCAUGCAUCUCGCCAAGUUUCUUCGCAACAAGAUGGACGUCCCCAGCAAGUACAAGGUGGAGGUUCUCUACGAGGAUGAACCGCUGAAGGAAUACUACACUCUCAUGGACAUUGCCUACAUCUAUCCGUGGCGGCGGAAUGGCCCUCUCCCCCUCAAGUAUCGGGUCCAGCCAGCCUGCAAGCGACUCACCUUGCCUACGGCGCCCACCCCCUCGGAGGGCACCAACACCAGCGGGGCGUCUGAGUGUGAGUCAGUCAGCGACAAGGCUCCCAGCCCAGCCACCCUGCCGGCCACUUCCUCCUCCCUGCCCAGCCCAGCCACCCCCUGCCAUGGCUCUCCUAGCUCCCAUGGGCCCCCGGCCACCCACCCUACAUCCCCCACUCCCCCUGCAACAGCCAGUGGGGCCACUGCAGCUGCCAACGGGGGUACCUCAAACUGCCUGCAGACACCAUCUUCCACCAGCAGGGGGCGCAAGAUGACUGUCAACGGAGCUCCUGUGCCCCCCUUAACUUGAGGAAAGGGACCCUCUCCCUCCUUUUCCAGCCAUGCCUCUCCACCCCUCCAAUUUUUCUGGGCCCCUUUUCCACCUCUUCUACUUUCCCCAGCUCCUCCCGCCUUAGGGGUGGGGGGCGGGUUUUAUAAAUAAAUCUAUAUAUAUAUGUACAUAGGAAAAACCAAAUAUACAUACUUAUUUUCUAUGGACCAACCAGAUUAAUUUAAAUGCCACAGGAAACAAACUUUAUGUGUGUGUGUAUGUGUGGGGGGUGGAGUGUUCAUUUUUAGGGGUUCUUGUGUAAUUUGCCCUGCUCUCAUUUUGGGGGUGCCUGGAGGUGGGCUGGAGGGGCCACUUGAGGCUCAAAGCCCUGCUCCAUCCUCCUUCUGGGGUGUCCUGGGAGCCCUACCAGCCCCCAGAGCUUUAGGCACAACUCCCAACUGGCGUGUAUGGGGGUCUACCCUCUCCCCCCCCAAUCUUGGCUGCUGUCCUGCCCCUGCCAGUGCCCCCCACCCCCAUUGUUGAAUGUCCAGAGAAUCGCUAAGACAGUGCCUUUUACAAAUGCAGUGUAUCCCCUGGUUCUGAGGAGCGAGUGGGUGGUAAAGCCGGCACCUCCCUUACCUCCUCCUCUUGCAGUGGAAACUUUGUGCAAAGAAUAGAUAGUUCUGCCUUUCCCCCUACUGUGUGUGUGGCCUUUGCAUCAUCUGUCUUGUGGCAGAGAAGAUUCAGGCCACGGGAGGCCUCAGCCCUUGAAAUUCCGCUGUGGCUUUAGCGGUGUGAGCCCUUCGCCGGGUUCUGCCCCUGCCCCCACCCCGGAGCCCUGACUGGCAAGGCUGGUUUUGGUGAAGUCCCAUCUGGGGGUCUGGAGUGCCGCAGAGAAGUGGAGUGGGGUUCAUCUCAGACAAGCAUAGAGCCCAGAUUUUGCCAAAGGCCAACAGCCCUCCAGUCCCCUCCCCACCCCCAGCUGAGGCUGAGUCAGGACAGAGCCCCAGAGGCAUCGAAAAGCACAAGAAGAUGGAAAGCUGUAAGCUCUGGCCUCGCCUCCAUCCUGAGAGGUCAGUGGACUGCCCCCCAAAGGGUGGGCCCCAGCAGCUCCCUGCCCACCUGCUUUUCCUCCAGUGUACAUAGAUCGGGGAAGAGGGGAGGAGGCAAGACUCCCUUGCCACUUAGGUGUUCGGGGUCAGGAGCCCUCCCAUCGGGUUUGUCUGUGUUUGCACCUUGUCCUGUGUCUAAGGUGCUGUGACUGUACCCUCCUCCUGCCCCAGGACAUUUGUAUCUCCUGGCUUUGGAAUAAAUGCUGCACACUCUC